GGAUGUACCGGCUGCACGACCCGCUCUGCGGGGUUCGCCCCACCCCAUCCGUGGUCAUUCCGCUCGGCGACGGCGUCCCGAGCUCGGCCUCGCUCUUUCUUCCGGACGUCGAGGACGAUGCGGUGCGGGCGCGGGUGGCGGCAGUCUUUCCGCAUCCGGACACGGCCGAGGCAGCGAUGCGUCGCGGCAAGUUCCCAGUUGUCCUCAUCCGUACGCCGUACGAUCGGCGCAACCUCGUCGGCUCGGCGUACAUGCUCGCUGAGCGCGGGUUUGCAGUGGUGACGCAGGACUCGCGCGGGCGGGCCGACUCUGGUGGUGACUUUUUCCCCAUUGCGCACGAGCGGGCCGACUCGGGCGCGACCCUCGACUGGAUCGCAGCCCAGGAUUGGUGUUCGGGUGCGGUCGGCAUGUACGGCAUCUCGUACAUGGGCAUGAAUGCGUGGGCGGCGGUCGGCGCCAAGCGAGGCGUGCUCAAGGCGGUUGUGCCUGCGCUUUGCGCCACCCACUUGCAUCCGAUCCUGUUUCCGGGCGGUGCGCCGGCGCUCGAGCUUGUCCUCCGAUGGUCGUAUCUAGUGAUGGGGCUCGCGGCAGGGCCGGCGUGGCGAAUGGCGUGGAACGGCUUUGUCUCGCCGGAGCAGCGGUACAUCGAUGCGCUUAGUCAUCUGCCGCUGGCCACGGUCGACACGCUUGUCGGCCCGCCCGGCGAGCGCAUCGACUUUAUCCGUGACGGGCUCUCGCACCCUUCGCUCGAGCACGACGCCGAGUUCUGGGCCGACAAGAACGAGCUGGCCGACCUGGGAUCGGUUGCGAUCCCGCCGGUCCAUCUUGUGGGUGGCUGGCACGACUUUUUCCUUGAGGAGCAGCUGAAAGACUACGAAGCCGCAAGUGCGGCCGGCGCGACGACAGCGCUCACCAUCGGCCCGUUUGCGCACUGGUCAGUCUUUGACUAUCGUCCGAUGCUCAUGCGCGACGCGCUGGCGUGGUUUACUCAGCACCUGACGCACGCACCCGACGAGCUAGAUGGGGCGCAGCUUGACGACUCGGUGCUCAGGUCGGAGGCCGAGGCUGAUCGCGGCUCGGUGAUGACGCUCGCCUUCCCUGUCCGGCUGUACGUCCAGGGCUCGGAACGGUGGGUGCGAUACGCUUCGUGGCCGCCGCCUUCGCAGCGAGUCCCGCUCUACCUCUCUGGCCACGGAGUGCUCACGGCCGGCCCCGCGGCUGACGGCAUCGGCGGCGACGACCCGCAUUCAGAGUACGUGUACGAUCCGGCGAACCCGACGCCGGCGGUUGGCGGGCCAUCGUUCCACAACCUUAACGCUGGACGUGUGGCACAGAACGGAGUCGAGGCCCGCGACGACGUUCUUGUUUUUACCUCUGUCCCCCUCGGCGAAGACAUCUCGGUGGUGGGCUACCCAGAGCUGUCGAUGCGGGUGGCGAGCAACGCGCCAGGCUCGACCGAUUUUGUAUUUCGGCUCUGCGACGUCGACGCCGACGGCGUCUCGUACAACGUCUCCGAGUCGAACAUCCGGUUAAGUGUGGAGAGCGAGGGAGAGGCCGAUGGCGCGAGCGGGCUCAACCAUUUCGCGAUUUCCGGCAAGCGGCUUGGGGCUGUCGGGUACACAUUUUGUCGUGGACACCGGAUCCGGCUGCAGGUGUGCUCGGGCGCGCAUCCGCGGCUGAUGCGCAAUCUCGGGUACGACGACCCGCUUGUGAGCGCGGAGCGAAUGGUGGUGCAGCAGCAGCGGGUGUACCACCGCGGGGCGUCGCUGGCGCUACCGGUGGUCAAUCUGUGAGCAAGAGAGCAAGUGAGAGACAAUGUGUGUACUUUGCAGCGAGAGAGGCUAGUCCUCGCGGUUGAUGAGGAGGCCGGCGUUUGCGGUCAUGAGGGUGACUGGGAUCAAGCCGAUCCACGACCAGGAGAUGUCAAACUCAAACUGGCGGCCAUUGCCGGCGGAGGCCUUCUUCCAGUCGUCCGAAGGGAAGACAAUGGCGGCGUAGAGGACCCAUGCCAGCGAGAUGAAGAAGCAGGCGGCGAGGCAGAUGCCCAUGGCGAUCUUGCGUGCGCGGGCUUGGUCGGAGAGGCAUGCCGACUCGCAGCCGACAGCCAGGAGAAUGACCAUGACCAU